AUGUUUAUAUAAUCUUAUCCUCUCUAGUGUUUAGCUGUAUAAAAAUUGUUAUCAAAAUUUUAUAGGACUUUUAAACUUCAAAAUAUUUUAGUAAUUUAAGGCACUGCUUUCAUCAUAAGUAAAGAUAACUUAAUCUUAAUUAAUAGACUAGACCUCUAACUAGAGAAGUUGAAAAACUCACACAUCAUAGACAUCCUAAUAUUAUUAGUUUAUAUGGCUUUUUUAUACAGUAAAACGUGUUUACCUAAUGCUUGAAUGGCCCCUUUGGAAGACUUGUAUGUUUUAAUGAAGAAGCAAUAAUUUAGAUGAAAGAAAUUAUUAUAAAUUAUUAUAAAUUAUUGUAGAAUAAGAAAUUAAAUGACAAAAUGGCAUCAAAUUAAUAUCAAGCAAAUAAUAAUGGCAUCACGAUAUAUGCAUUCAAUGAAUGCCAUACAUAGAGAUUUAAAACCUGA